UAAUUGAAAUCACGAGUAUAUCAUGAGCUUGCAUGCCUUAAACAGCUAUAGAAAAGGGUAAAAAGCUUUAGUCUUUAGUACAGCGGAUCGUUUCAUCGAGAUCGCCUGCUAGCUGCAUACCGAACUUAUAAGUUCGUUCUUCAUAGAUAAAAAUUCAUUGUUACGAUGAUGGAAAACCAUAUACUAGCAUUGCUUGUGCUCACGAUUGCUUCCGCGUCAAGAUCCAUGGCGGGACCGUGCCCACAGGAAACAGAGUGCUUCGGCCAUGGAGACUGGGAUCCAGCGACCCAGACCUGCAAAUGCUACUCUGAUAAUUACCAAAAACAGUGGGAGAGCCGGUAUGGAUCCUACACUGGGGACUGUUGCACAAGUAUCAAGUGUACAAACGCUAACUCUACAUGUCUGCAUGGAAUAUGUGGAGCUGAUGGUAGGACAUGUCAAAGAUGUCAAACAGGAUGGAUUGGACAAAACUGUGAUAAGCCAACCAAUGACUCGUGUUAUCCCUGGUUACCAUGUAAACAUGGAAAAUGUGUUACAGCAAGGUUUAAAUGCGAGUGUGACCCUGGAUGGGUUGGAGACUUGUGUGACCGUUCAUUGUGUGACUCGUCAAUAAAGUGCGUGUUCGGCGCGUGCCCUGAUGACCCCAAGAUAUGCAAGUGUUAUGAAGACUUCAUGUCUCCAGCUACUGGUUGUGACAGGAUGAUUUGUGCUGAUGGCUGGACAUGUUUGAAUGGUGGUUAUUGCGUUGAUGUCCAUCACUGUGUGUGUCCACCAUAUUACACAGGAGAGCAUUGUGAGACCAUCGCUGGAUGUAGUGUCCCAUGCGAACACGGACGGUGCACCACAAAUCCAGCAGUCUGUGAAUGCGAAACAAACUGGAUAGGAGCAAACUGUAGCAAGUAUGUCGGCCCUUGUAACAACUGUUCGUCUGUGGGUGGUACUUGCUAUGAAGGACCAGACACUUGCGAGUGUAAGCCAGGUUAUACGGGACCGCAAUGUUCUGUCAUGAAAUGUGAUGGCUGUGUACACGGGUUAUGUCAGAUUAGUGGCGGAAAGAAACAUUGCAUCUGUGACAAAGGUUGGCUUAAUACCCCAGGAGAUUCCAGUUUCGAUGGUCAUGGCCCAUGCACUGUAGUCCAGUACUGUAUUGUCCCAUGUGUCCAGGGAUCAUGCCCUAACGACCCUUACAGGUGUGUGUGCAGAGCGCCUUAUGUUGGAGCGGAGUGCGAUGCCAUCAGAUGUCCAAAGUGCUGUCCACCAGAAACUUGUGAUUGUUCUAACCCAGCUAAAAUACAAUGUAGAGAAAGAUGGCACCACAGUUGCUGUCUUAUCAAGUCGUGUUUCCGUGGAGACACACUCGUUCACACAGCGAGGGGACUGGUUCCAAUACGAGAGGUGCGAAAAGGAGACAUGGUUGUCACACGACAUGAAGGAGACGAUCCUAGCGCGACUUACUUGAGGAAAGUAGAUGCAGUCGUACAGAAAAACGUCUCUCUCCACGAGAUGGUAGUACUGCGCACACAUGGUGAGGACAUCUGGACUACCUACAACCACCCGUUCUUCUCGCAGAACGAAAACAAGUGGAUAGCAGCUGAGAACAUUUCGACUAAACACACGCUGCACGCAAUCAAAGGAAGUUCAACCAAGCUAAAAGAAAAACUUCCUGCAUUACAGCUCAUGUCUUUGUCGAGUAGCGACAAAAUUCCGGUCUAUGACUUGGUGAUUCACGAGUAUGAUCGGUACGCAGUCGGUAAGGAUGGGCUUUUGGUUUCCAGCUGUAAUGAUACAGAUCUCCUAACGCGGGAUAGACAGAUGUGGGGUGAUAACGCACACCCAUUGUUCUCCAACUUCAAAAAUGAGGUCCGAGAAAACAAGGCACAAGAGUCAGGAGCGUUCAACACCGAGUCAGCUUCAAAGGGAAUGACCCCAGGGCUAGUCGCAGGAAUCGUGGUUGGAGUAUUCGUUGUUAUAGCUGUAGUCAUACUAGUUGUCACUAAGGUAUCAAAAAGAAGACAAUACAGCAACAUCGACAACGAGUACGUGACGGAAGAAACGCACAUAACAUCCUAAURUGCUGAGCCGUCUUACUAUUUGUACUAGUGUGUUAGUAAUGUUAAGUUGGUUUUGUUUUCCUAGUUUUAUAUUUUCUCUUCGUUUGUUAAGACUACAAGAUAGCUAUGACAUAUAAGCACUCUGAUCCGGCAACAUAUUGCAUAUCGUAAAUUAUAAAAAGUAAUGUAAAAAUAUAAAAAGCUGUCAAAUCAAGAUAGCUGGGAUCUGACGCGUGCUGUCAGUGGCUGACGCAAAGGCGAGCAUGCAGAAUGAUUGUACAGCCUGUGCUUUAACCUGAUAUGCUACCCUCGUGGCCCAACUAUCGCCGGUGCAUCUAAACAAUGUUAUACGCACGCUAACUAUUCCUUUAACAGCGGAUCUGAGCGGCGUCAUGACGGCAAACAGAUAAAUCCUCAGACUUUGCGGUUAUGAAUCAUCUAGAAGGUCUUUUGAACAAUUUGAGUCAUGUCAUGCAAACGUCGAAUUUAGAAGCAGAUCUCGAGAUCGCAUUUUUAAUCUAGCUAAAAGUUUAAGUAUUUUCAACUAAGAUACACUAUAUGGUCGUUAUUAAAGUUUCUUUUGUACACAA